AUGCUUUCUCUGUUUCCAGGAUUUGAGCCCCAGUUGCCGUCGUUCACGUCUCUCUUGAUCCAGGGACCUUAUCAUGCCUCGGCGCCAAUCCAUCUUGCUUUAUCCCACACGAGUCAAGCAAACAGCUCUAGCGCCAUAUUUUUAUCGCCAUCAAAUCAGCUUGUCACUGUGGCACUGAAGGAAUACAAUGAUUCGUGGCUUGCUAUUCAUUCAGGCCAAGGCCGUGUAUCUGAGAUGUCUUCUCGCGUCAAAAUGCUGGUAGCUGUUCUCAGUUAUCCACCGACGCCGACACACCUUGCCUUUCUUUUGGCUUCCCUUGAGGUACCGCAGCAAGGGUCAACCCAUAUUCUCCAUCCGAAAACUACCCUCGACGCGCCUCCAGGCCUCAUUAUCCUCCACGAGCUCUCAGCAUACUUCCUCUCUGAUGUAGAGUCAAAUCCCACGUCGCACUCCUGGACGGUCUCAUCCUAUAUGUCUCUAGUGAUUAGGGCACUGUCUUUCGCGGCAUUUUUAUCUUCUGAAACCCCAGGUGGUACUUCAGUAGUGCUGUUCGACUCCCAACUACAUCGACUAAAGCUUCCUGUGGUGAAACAAGAUUACCACUAUGACAACGAAGGCCGAAACCGCGCACGUUCAGAAGCUGUGGGCCCUCUGAUGCAGAAAUAUUUCCAGACCGUUGGUACUUUUGGGCAAGACGACGACAACUCGGAGUUCCCUGUAUCUGCUCUAACACGAAGACGAUUGAGUUUAUACAAGGCUGGACAAGACGAUCCGAUUAACUCUUGGUCUUGGAACGAGAAACGUAGCAGUUUGGGCACCGUCUUUGAACACGAUUAUCAUCUGUCAGACCUUCUACAGGGUCUACAAUCGUUAAGCUACCCCCGCCACUGA